CUAUGUACGAAAUUUACAACCUUCUCGCUAGGCUAUCCACGUGUGUUUCAAAGUCUUUAUAGUGGUACAUUUUUUUUCCAUUUAAAAUGAUUCCGUUUAAAGAACGGCUGUUAAAGAAAAAAAUUAAGAAGAGAGAACAAAAGAAACUCAAUCUUUUGAAAAAGAAAGGCAUUAUAAAAGAUAUUAUUAAAGAAGAAAAGAAAGAUAAUACUUUGAAUGGAAAGAAAGUCGCUGAAUCUUCAGGUGGAAAAUUUACUGAAUCCCCACUUGAAGAUAAUGAACACAGUUAUAGUAAUGAAGAAUUAGCAACUUCUGUUGAAAAAAAUUUUGUGAAGAUUGAUGCCAAAUCUGUAGCAGCUUCUUCUAAGAAAAAGAAAAAAAAGAAGUUGGUAUCUAGUAUUAACAAUAAAGACAAAAAUUGUGAUUCAGAAUCAGAUAAUAAUAGUGACUCAAAAAACAAUGAAUGUGAAAUACCUGAUGAAGCGAAAAGUGAAGAAAGUAUUGAAAAUUCGGAGCAUAAAACUGAAGAGGAAGACAUGGAAGGGGCAGACUCUGCUCCUCAUAAUCUAGAGCUUGGAAGCAGAUUACCAGGUAGUCAGCUGGGCUUAGAAAUUUUAAGUAAUGCAAGCUUCAGUGCACUGAAAGGAAAGGUAUCGGAAGAAACAUUGAAAGCCAUUGAAGACAUGGGAUUCACCCAAAUGACUGAAAUACAGGCUAAAGCUAUACCACCUCUUUUAGAAGGUAGAGAUCUAGUUGGAAAUGCCAAAACAGGUUCUGGGAAAACAUUAGCUUUCCUUAUCCCUGCAGUUGAGAUGAUUUUGAAAUUGAAGUUUAAGCCUAGAAAUGGGACUGGCUGUAUAAUUAUAUCGCCCACAAGAGAGUUAGCCAUGCAAACUUUUGGUGUUCUUCAGGAACUAAUGAAGUAUCAUCGAAACACAUAUGGACUCGUAAUGGGUGGUGCUCAUCGAGAAACUGAAGCAAAUAAACUACAGAAUGGUAUUAAUAUAUUGGUAGCAACUCCAGGACGUCUUGUUGAUCAUUUACAAAAUACUCCAGGCUUUAUGUACAAAAAUCUGAUGUGUCUCAUAAUCGAUGAAGCGGACAGAAUUUUAGAAAUUGGUUUCGAGAUUGAAAUGAAACAGAUCAUCAACCUUUUGCCAAAAAAGCGAUUGACAAUGCUGUUUUCUGCAACUUCGACUAGGAAAACGGAAGAUUUAACUCGCCUAGCUGUUAAAACAGAGCCUGUCUAUGUCGGGGUCCAUGAUUCAUUUGAUAAGGCUACAGUUGAGGGAUUAGAACAAGGUUAUGUUGUUUGCCCUCCCGAAAAGAGAUUUUUGUUAUUAUUUACUUUCCUUAAAAAAAACCGUAAAAAGAAAAUUAUGGUGUUUUUUAGUUCUUGCCUGUCUGUGAAGUUUCAUGAUAUGUUAUUAAACUAUAUUGAUCUUCCAGUUAUGAGUAUUCAUGGUAAACAAGAACAGAAGAAGAGAACUACUACUUUCUUUAAAUUCUGCAGUGCUGAAACAGGUAUCUUGUUGUGCACGGACGUGGCAGCCAGAGGUUUAGAUAUCCCAGCAGUUGAUUGGAUUGUUCAAUAUGAUCCACCAGAUGAUCCCAAGGAAUAUAUCCAUCGGGUUGGAAGAACAGCUCGUGGUGAAGGUGGGAGCGGUCAUGCAUUACUACUGUUGAGGCCAGAGGAACUCUCAUUCCUUUAUUACCUUAAACAUGCGAAAGUUCCUUUAAAUGAAUUUGACUUCAAUUGGAAUAAAGUUUCGGAUAUACAGUUACAGCUUGAGAAGCUAGUAGGUACCAAUUAUGCACUCAAUCUUGCUGCUAAGGAUGCCUUCAAGUCCUGUGUCAGAUCAUAUGAUUCUCAUCACCUUAAGAAAGUUUUUGAUAUCAAUUCUCUUGACUUGACGAAGCUGGCAAAAACAUUUGGAUUGACAGUUCCUCCAAGAGUUGAUUUGAAUAUUAACAGUUUUAAAGGUAUAAGGCCACGAAAACGAGAUGGAGGAGGUGGUUUUAGACGCAAUGAUAACCAGCAAAGAGAGAAGAGGCCUUACAACUUCAACCCACCAAAGCAAAGAUAUACAUAAAUGGAAUGGAAUGAUGGAAGAUCAUUCUUCAUGGAAUCAUGGGAUGAAGACUAUUUCAAGAGCUCCACUGUUGAAUUUUCUCCCUUAAAUUUUAUAGAAGCAAAUUAUUAUUUGUAAUUGCCAACUUUUUUUACUUUUUAAACAAAAUUAGGUAAAGUUUGUUACCUAUGUAUUUUUCAUUUCUCACUUUUUAGGAUAUUGUUGUUAAUUUAUUUUUAUUCAUCCUAAAGAAAUAUGAGGGUAUUGAUUUUAAGUACAUGGCAGCAAUUCUAAUUGAUUCCAAACAUGCAUGCACUCAACAUUUUAUUGUGCAGUUUUUUUAAUCAAGGUAAUUCAUUGUUACUUUCUGAUUCAGUCUGAAAGAUUGUACAUUAUAUUGUUUAUGUAUAUAGCUUUCCUCCUCUUUAAUAUUUUCUGUUAUAUUUGAUAUUUCUGCUAUAAUGGUCUUACUUUUCUCUAUAGUUUAAUAAAACAAACUGAUACUUUAAAUAGGACCUUAUGCCAUAUUUACUCUGAAUGAAAAAAUAAUUAUUAUAAGUAUCUUAGUUAACAGUUGUACGAAUUUUCAUUUGUAUUUAUAAAUGUAUUUAAAGUAUUGAGUUAUCCUUUUUCCAAAUAUCAGAAUGCCAUGAUUUGUUUUGUUUAGAUUGCCAAAUUGAAAAUUUUAAUUUAUCUAUUUCCAUCCAUAAUGUUCUGUUAUGUUUAAAAUUAUUUUAAAUCAAUGUUUGUAUAUAUGUGAUUAAGUUUAAUGAAACUUGUUUAUAAAUAUUUAUUGUAAAAAUUUUGUUAGGUAUGAUGUAUAGAUUUUUAAAAAUAAAUAUUGACAAAUUUGUAC